UAUGGAUUCUUAUUUUUUUAAUUUAUUUCAUUAUUUUUAUCAUGGCGAAUAUUAUAACGGAAAUCAACUCUCCUUGCUGAGCAGGUUAACAUUGGGGAUGACAGGAUCUUACAGAAAAGGUCUAACUGAACAAUAUUCCAGAUCCGGGGAAGAUGCGGAUUUACAUUCUUCUUACCCUAGUCCUGGGGUCUGCAACUGUAACGGCUGUACCAACUGGCUACGGAUACGGCUAUGCCAAGAAGGUGAAGGCGUCGGGACUACCCCUUUAUUACGACUUGGGAACCUACGGGCACGGGGGUCUAUUUAUGGGCAAAUACGGCUCCAGUGGCGUAUGCCUCUAUAACAAUCUCUACGGUAAUGGGUAUUACGGCGUUCAUGGCUUGUGGAAGCAUGCAGGGGGGAAAGUCUUGUACCCGAAACUCGGAGGUAUCGGUGCCUAUGGGAACAAUCUUGGACCAUACGGGUACAAGCCUCUGGGUCUGUACGCUGGAAAAGGCUCCAUGAUGUAUGGAGACUAUGGACAUGCCUAUGGCCUCCUUUCUGGACAUUAUGGUCAACUCUCUAUCCUGGACCAUGGAGCCAUAUAUGGAGGUUUUGGAGUUCCGUUUGGCGCUUUGACGAGGGGGAACCUGCUCCACGGCUUUGGAAUUGUGAAAAAAGGUCAUGCGUUCGGUGAUGUUAUGACGUACUACUAGAUGACACUACCGUUACAAUAUCAGCUUGUUGAACGAAGAUACACUGAAACCACGUUAAUUCGAAGUAGACAGUCGAACAAAUGUCGUUAUCCGUACAUCGAGACAUACGGAGUGCUGAUAUUGACUUAAUGUGCCGAUGCAUCUUGACAAUGGAGUUCGAGAUAUCGAGGGUUCACUGUAUGUAUCAACUAAUACUGAGAGCAUGUACAUGGGGGACCGGUGUUGAACAAAACAACAAUCCGAAUAAUGAUAUAUCUGCAAUAAACGGAAAAAACACAA